ACCGUGUUUCCCUUUCACCUAUCUCACAGUAAGAGACAGGUUCCACGUCUACUACUCGUACUUACUGGCAAGAAUUAUGGUAGUGCAGGAAGAUACGUCUGUUGAAAUUAAAAUUGAAAAUCAUGAGGAAUUUGUUGAUUCCCAUGCAGAACCGGAACCUGUCUUUACCGUUGAAAUCCUCAAAAUCAUCAAAGAUGCCCAGCAACAACAUGGGUUACGUCAUAGUGACUAUCAGAGAUACAGAGGAUAUUGUUCUCGUCGGAUCCGAAGACUAAGGAAAGUUUUACAUGUCACACAAGGGGACAAGAGGCAUUUUAAAAGAAAGGAUGUUACAGAAGCCAUGCUAAAGGAUGAAAGGUACCUAUAUAUCCCCCUGAUGAUGGCAGAAAGAGCUUGGAGCUAUGCCAUGCAACUACGCCAAGAAGCCAACACAGAACCAAGGAAGAAAUUCCAUCUCAUCUCACGUUUGCGAAAAGCAACAACAUAUUCUUUGCAGUUGCAGACACUAUGUGAGAGUAACAAGUGUGAUGCUCGCACUAAGUUGGAGGCGCAGGCAUAUGUGGCAUGGAUCCAUGGUUCCCUUCAUUUUGAGCUCCAACUGUGGAAACCUGCAAUGGAGAACUUGAAGAAGGCACAGAUGGUGUACGAAAAACUGGCACUUGCCCUUCCAGAAGGUGAGCAGUUAUUGUACAGAUCUCGUGUAGAGGAACUGUCUCCUAGCCUCCGAUUCUGUGCCUAUAAUAUUGGUGAUGAAAGUGCCAUUGAUGAUUUGCUACAGAUGAGAAGCCAUGCCCAAGGAGAUCUCCUUGCCAAUUUAGAUGCCCUGAUGGUACAAACACAGCGUCGAUCUGAAGUUCUUUGUGACAUAGAAUGGCAUGGUCAUAUUGUUCCUGUGCGACCGGAACCUGUAAGGGGUUUCCUGUUAUCAGAACAGCAGUUGGACACCUCACUGGGACGAGCAGCAGACAAUGCAGCAAAGAUUACGCUGCUGGAGACACUUCUUAUGGACUGCAAGGAUGCCAUUGCUACUGUCAAGGAUGAACUGAAGACAGAUCCAAGCCCUAAGAAUCGUACAGCUGGAACGGCCCUCAGUUCACUCCAGCAUCUGUUAUCCUAUCUUAUGCAUAUACGCCUGACACGAACCAUCCAUCGAAAUCUGCUGAUGGUAGAAUCUGCACAGGCUGCUCUGUCAGAGAAGAAUGAGGGUGGAGGGGAGGGGCGCAGGACUCGCCCACAGGAUCUGACUCGUUUGUAUGAGAUAAUCCUGCAGAAUUAUGGCGAGUUACAGCAGUUGCCUGGCCUGGAGGAUGACCUAAAGUAUCAGCAGGAGAUUGAGACUAAAACCAAGGCCUACCGCGCAUUUAGAUGUUUCUACAUAGCUCAGAGCCUUGUUGGAUUGCGGCGGUGGCGAGAGGGCAUGGCAUUGUACCAGCGUGCGGAACAGUAUGUCAGAGAGGCCCUUGAAGCCAGCAAUGCCUCACAAGCCCUAGACAGCAAGUUACAUACCCAACUACAAACCCUUAGUCAUGACAUAGAAGGGCAGGUAUUCUCCGCACAUGCUCAUAGUGUGUUGGAGGGUGAGGGAGUUCAGGAUGAGGAAGGUGGAUCCAUCCAAGUUGGCACAAAGACAAACUACAAAAGCAAGAAGCCACUCUACGAACGACUAGGAGAAUACAGGGAGGACUCAACAUUAGUGUCUCGCACACCCAAUGUGUAUAAGCUGCCACCAGAGAUGCGACCCAUACCAUGUAAACCUCUAUUCUUUGACCUUGCUUUCAACUUUGUUGAAUUCCCGUCUCUUGAGGACAAAAUAGAAGCUGCAGCAGGAGGAAAGAAGGGAGGAGCUGGACUCACAGGCUUUGUGAAGGGUUUGUGGGGAUGGGGAGGCUCUGGCAAGAAAUAGAAUGGAAUUGUGCUAAAUCUGAGGUUUUCACAAUGGUGACUGUGUACUGAGUACUGUUUUGUGGGUUGAGACACUGAGUAGUGUGGUAGAAGUUUAUUGACAUUUCAGAGAAAUACACUGUCUUCAUCUAGAGGGCAGAGACGAGCAUAGUGACCUCAAACAUCAGUAAACAUCAAUCAGGCUAUACAGCGUCACAUCUCAGAUGACAGUAUUCUUCAAAAGGAUAUUAGUUUUCAUUCCGCUGCCAUAGUUGACUUAAAUUAAACUUUGCUACAUUAUCAUGAGCUCGUGAAGUAACAAACUUUGGCUUAGUACAGUGAGAAUUAUUGCGAAUCAUGCAGCCCAGUAGCCAUUCUCACAUUAUGGCAAACCUGAGAAAAAAAAUUAUAUCUAUGUAAGUAUUGAACUAUUUCAUUGACAGUAGUGUGGAAAUGAAAACUGGUCAGUAAUGUAAUGCAUUAUCAUCUCUAUCACGAAAGGGGAUAUAUUCUGUUAACGCUCAUGCCCACUGUCCCAGUUGUGGUAUAGGAUAUGUAUAUUUUCCUAUGGAAUACUAUGUACAUCUUACAUUUAUGAGUUAAAAAUAUACAAUGUCCUUGAUAGUUCCUGCAUAUAAUUUUCAUCUUAGGUUACACCUUACUAAGAAAGAAGAAUGGGGCAUACAUUUCAACCAGUAAAGGGGGUGGUUAUCUGUCGAAUGAAUAUUCGCUUGCGUAAUAUGUUCUUAAUCAAUCUGGGGUCUCCACAACUAUUUCCACAUUCAUUUUUUAUGGAAGAUGGUAGUAAUUCACAUGGGCUUUCAUGUAACAUUGUAUCUUUGAGUGGAAGGAACUUUCUUUUAUAUGGUGUCAUUGUAAUUUAACUGGCAUUCCAGAUGUGUGAUGGGCAAAUUAUAAAACAGCAAAAUUUGUAUAUUGUGGUGUUGUGGGUUAUGAUGCUAUGUAGGUGGGUACCAGCAGCUGGGAAGAUCAUACUACCUGUGCCUUGUAGGGUUGAAGUCCAAGCUUCACCUCCUGAAGAUGGAGAUGUUCAUAUCCACCUACUAAACUGAACCUACUGCCUCCACCUUUCUGGUUUUAAGUCCAUAUGUCAACACUAAAGACACAAGCAACUGUAUUCUUCUGAAAUGUUGGUAUCCACCAACAAAACUAAACGGUGUCAUAACUGAAAAAAAUAACAAUAUGAAUAUUUGAUGCCAUGGAAACCACGAAAAUUUUAUAUAAAGAAAUUUACAUGGGUAAUUUAAUAAAUUCCUAUCUAAAGAGUUGCAUAUAAUGUUGACAACAGUAAUUAUGUUCCACCAGUCAAAUGGCAUGUCACAAUAUCAGCUGACAAGAAAUUGCAACAGAUUCAAGUGUCUGACAUAAUUCUGCAGUAUUGCACACUGGUGUGAUAUAGUGUGUGUUGAAAAAGUUUGUUUUGAUUUAGUAAAGUAUCUGUUUCAAUUCCAAUUUGAGUAUAAAAAUGUGAACUGAAUAGUGUUUUCUGUAAAAGAAAUUACAGAACUUCUCUUAAUUAUGCUUAUAUUGCAUAUAUACAGAACACUCCUUGCCUUUUAUACAACCAAUAAGAUUUAAUCAUUGUUUUUGGAAUGAUAACUCUGUUCUUACCUAAUUUAUAUGUCAUGCAGCAAUUUAAAUUGUAAAUUCUGCAUUUUUGCAAUUUACUUUUUCCAUUAAGUAGAGAAUCUAGUUUUACUGAUUAGAUUUUUAUAUACAAGAAGUCAUGUGUAUAUGGUUUAGGUUAUGGCAUUAACAGUGGUAUUAAAAGGGAAAAAAAUAAUCUGUAUUUAUUUCUAUGUCAGCACAUUUUCAACACAUAAAGUAUGUACUAUUGA